AUGGUAAAACCAAUUGUUAGUCUGUUUAUUGAUAAUUUCGACUCGUACUCAUACAAUAUUAUAUACUAUUUACAAAAAGUGAAUGGAAUAAAACCGAUUGUUAUAUUUCCAGAUGAAAUAAAUUAUGAUGAAUUUAUAGAAAAAUAUUACAACAAAAUUGACAAUAUAGUAAUAUCACCAGGUUAUGGAAACCCAGAAGAAAAUAAGCAUAAUGAUUUAGUAAUUAAUAUAUUAAAAAAUAAUUUAAAUAUUCCAAUAUUAGGAAUAUGUUAUGGACAUCAAUUAAUUUGUCAUUUUUAUGGAGGAAAAAUAAAAAAGGUUAAAAAUAUGUUCCAUGGUAAUAUAAAUAUUAUACAUAUAUGUAAAGAUGAAAAUGGAAAAUGCUUUAAUUUAUUUAAUAAUAUAAAAAAUGAUUUUAAAGCAACUUGUUACAAUUCAUUGAAAGUAAGUAAGCAUAUUAAUACAUCAAUAUUGGACAUAACUUGUUAUUCUAUAUAUUUAAAUGAAUAUAUAUUAAUGGGUGUAAAACAUAAACAUCUUCCUUAUUAUUCUGUACAAUAUCAUCCUGAAUCUGUAGUAAGUGAAUUUAGUGAUCAAUUUUUUGAAAAUUUUAAAAAUAUUACUAUAGAUUAUCAUAACAAAAAUAAAACAACUCGUUAUAGACUAUUAGAAAGUGAUUUAUUUGAAAAGAACCAAAUUUAUAACAUUAUCAAACCGGCUAAUAAUAUCGAUGAUAUACCUUUUGAUAGAUCUCUUAUUUAUAGUAGUGAAAAAAAGUAUGAAAUAAAAAUCGUUAAAGUUGUUGGUAUUGAAAAUAUUUCCAAUAUUUCUUAUGAUAUAUUUCAAGAUGUCUUUUACAAUAAAGAUGAUAUAUGUUUUUGGUUAGACAGUAAUAAUGAACUACUAAAUAAUAAAGAUAAAAAAAAUGAUCACAUACAAAAUGACAUAUUUAACAACCUAGUCAAUAGUUCAAGGUUUUCCUACAUGGGGAAUGCUAGGGGAACCCUUAGCGAUGUAGUCGAGUAUUAUUUUGUGGAAAAUGGGGACAGUGUUAUAGUCAACUUAAAAAGGGGAAACACAUAUAAAACAGCUAGCUAUUUUUCAGAUCAAGCACAAAACAAUUCCGUCAAUUUGGACGACCAAAACAGUGAGUACGAAUACCAUGAAAUUAGAGAGCCUGACAAUUGCUUAGUUAAAUAUUUAAAUAAAAAACUGGAAAAAUAUAAAAACAAUUUUAAUAUAGAUUUCUCUAUAUUUGAUAUAAAUGAAAAUAUCAAAAAUAAUAAAUCUGAAAAUUCUAGCACUCGAAUUGGUCAUAUAAAUAUGCAAAAUAAUCUUAAUAAUGCAGAUAGUUUUUAUGAAAAAGAUGAUUUCAUUUUUAAUAAUAAAGACACAUGUUUGUUAGGAUAUAUUGGAUUAUUUAAUUAUGAGUAUAAAUAUGAAACCAUAAAAUUUUUAUAUGGUAAAAAUGUUGAACAAGUAAAAAAUAAAGACAAUGAAUCCUUGCCAGUAUCUUUUUUUAUUUUACCUCAACAUUUUAUUGCACUAGAUUUAAUAAAAAAUAAUUUAUAUUUGAUAUGUUUAGAACUAGCAAAAGGGGAAGAAGAAGAGGAGACAACAGUUAGAUCAUCAAACUGUUCCCAUGAAAUGAAAAAUGAAAAAGCACAAAAAAAUACAGACAAAGCAAAUGUAUCAUAUAUAGAUACAAAAUAUGAUAGUAUCAAAAAAGAGAAUGAACAAUGGAUUGAUGAAACGCUAAAUAAAAUAAUGAGGAUAGUAAAUAAAUGGUCUGACAAAAUUGACGAAAAAGAAAAUGAAUUUUCAAAUCAAAAAAAUAAUAAUAGUGAUAUAAAAAACAAAUUAAUAUUUUUCUCUACUUUGAAAAAAGAUAAAUAUAUUGAAAAUGUUAAAAAGUGUAAAGAUAAAAUAAAAAAUGGGUAUUCAUAUGAACUUUGUUUAACCACAUCAUUUAAAGGGAAUUAUUAUAUCGAUGAUAAUUCUAUAGACAUGUUAGAUUUAUAUAAAUAUUUAAGAAGAAUAAAUAAGGUAUCAUAUAGUUGUUUUAUUAAUUAUAACAGAAAAGUUUAUAUUAAACAAGAUAAAUGUGAAAAUGGGAACAAAAAGUUUUUAAAUGAAAAACUAAAAUUUAAUGUCCUAUGUUUGAGUCCUGAAGAAUUUUUGCGAAAAAGUAAAGACAAUAUUAUUAGGAGUAAGCCAAUUAAAGGCACAAUAAAAAGAGGAAAAACAAAAGAAGAAGAUAUAAAAUUAAUAACAGAAUUAAAAAAUAAUAAAAAAGAAAUAUCAGAAAAUCUAAUGAUUGUAGAUUUAACAACUAACGAUUUUCAUAGAUUAUGCUGCACCGAUUCAGUAAAAGUUACUAAAUUAUUUCAUAUCGAAUCUUAUACUUUUCUUCAUCAAAUGGUAUCAGAAAUUAUUGGAAAAAAUCAUAAUUCAAAUGAUUUUUCAGAUGCUAUUAUAAAUAUUUUCCCUGGUGGCUCUAUGACUGGUUCUCCUAAAUUGAUAUCAAUGUCUAUUUUACAGGAAAUUGAACAGUUGCCACGAGGCAUAUAUUCGGGAUCCAUUGGUUUCAUCUCUAUAGAGGGAAAUUUUAUUUUUAACAUUAUCAUAAGAACUGCAAUAAUACGAAAUAAUAUUAUUUCAAUUGGAGCUGGAGGAGCUAUUACAAUUAAGAGUGAUGAAGAGGCAGAAUAUGAUGAGAUGUUGUUAAAAUUUAAGAGUAUAGCAAGACCAAUUUGCUCAUAUUUUAAGGAACGAUAUAAUGCCAAUGUAGAGUAUAACAUCUAG